CCACGUGAACAGCCUACGAACAGAGGCUGACGACGUCGACCACGGAUCAACGAUGGCACAGUCAGCUGCCUAAGGUCCGGUUGGCCAGUCGUAGCCAGCAAAUAGUUCUCUCUCUUCAAGGUAGACGGGUCUAGCAGCCAGGUACCAAGAUGGCGGACGAUGAGAGGAAACGUCUCGAGGAUGAAAAGAAGAGGAAACAGGCGGAGACCGACAGAAAGAGGGCGGAGGUCCGCGCCCGCCUUGAAGAGGCUUCCAAAGCCAAGAAGGCGAAGAAGGGUUUCAUGACCCCUGACAGGAAGAAGAAGCUUAGGCUGUUGUUGCGUAAGAAAGCCGCCGAGGAAUUGAAGAAAGAACAAGAGAGAAAAGCCGCAGAGAGGAGACGCAUCAUCGAGGAACGUUGUGGAAAACCGAAAAACGUCGACGACGCGAGCGAAGAGACCGUGAAGCGCGUGCUGCGCGAGUACCACAAUAGGAUCACAGCAUUGGAGGAUCAAAAGUUCGACUUCGAAUAUGUUGUUAAGAAGAAGGACUUCGAGAUCGCGGACUUGAACAGCCAGGUGAACGACCUUCGAGGUAAAUUCAUGAAACCUACGCUGAAGAAAGUCUCCAAGUACGAGAACAAGUUCGCCAAACUCCAGAAGAAGGCAGCCGAGUUCAACUUCCGUAACCAGCUUAAACAGGUCAAGAAAAAGGAGUUCACCCUUGAAGAGGAGGACAAGGAGAACGCGUCAAAAGAUAAGAAGAAACCCGAUUGGUCGAAGAAGGGCGAGGAAAAGAAGGACGAACCGCCACCUCCAGCAGAACCUCCAGCAGAAGCUCCUGCUCCAACUCCUUCUCCACAACCGGAACAACCACCCGCGCCAGCGCCAGCACCAGAACCUGCACCUCCAGCCCCAACACCGUCGCCAGAACCAACGGCAGCAGCACCUCCGCCAGCUGAAGGUGCUCCACCAGCAGUUCCAGCAGAGGGUGCUCCACCUGCAGAAGGAGCACCAGCACCUCCAGCCGAGGGCGCACCCCCAGCCGGCGCCCCUGCACCAGCGGAAGGAGCUCCCGCAGCACCUCCAGCCGAAGGAGCUGCACCUCCUGCGGAAGGUACGCCUGCUGCACCUGCACCCGCACCCGCACCAGCACCAGCCGAAGGAGCUCCUCCAACUGAAGCAGCACCCGCUGCACCCCCAGCAGAGGCUGCACCAGCACCCGCGCCUGCUGAAGCUAAGGUAGUUAUGGUAGUGAGACUCAUAUUGACCGUCAAGCCCAAGCGUCCGGUAAUGGGUUCAAAAUUCAUCACGUACGCACCGGCAUCGUAACUUCGUCGAAGUUGGAACGGACGAAGGGUCACCUCGCCAUAUGAUUUCCACUCGUUAACGUCCGAAUUUGCAUAAAAUCGUACACGGAUAAUCAUAGAGUACGGAUACACACGCGUCGAGCCGUAUGAUUCUCUCUCGGCUCGAUGGUUCACGCGUUGCUUGUCAUCGUCUUCAUUCAUCGUCAUUGUCAUCGUCGUCAUCGUAAUCAUUGUUUUUCCUCAUGUUAUGCGUCAUGCUGUACCUCGAGGAACGAAGGUAAACACGGAACGAAUAAGAAAUUUGAAAAGAAAAGCGAAAGAUAGAAAAGAGACGUCUGUCGUUCUACGUAUUUUUCUUCGUUUCUCCGUGGGGUAUUUUACGACACCUUGUCGUUCAAAGUAAAUCGAGAAUCAUCACGGGGUGCCUGACCAAUUUCGCUCGUUUUACCUAAUUAUAGGUAAAACUAAUAAUAAGCCAGUGUUUACGUUAUGAAAAAGAAAAAAAGGAUCGAAGAGCCUUGCUUGCGAUAAAAAGCGUUCGUCGUACCGUUUCUUUUUCCAUCGACCAAAAUCGAACGAUCGAAACCGGCAAGAAAUUCAUAUUUUUAUUGUAAAUAAUUAACAAUCCGUUUUAUCGAACACGAAUGCAGAUAUCAUGAAAACAAUUGGAUUUCGUAAUAAAAUCAUUUCUGCGACUAUA